UCAACUAAUUUUCAUGAGAAAAGAUAACAUAUUCUUCAGGUGAGUCGAAUUGUCAAAUUGUCAUCAUAUCACAAAUGUCUGUGAGGAGUUAUUCGACUUUUUGAUUAUUUUUUGUGAACAAAGUAAAAGGGUCCAUCAUGGCGACCCAAGUACAAGCUCUAUAUGACUUCUCAGGUGAGCCAGGCACAACUGAAAUGUCAAUUACUAGUGGAGAAGUUUUAACCCUCAUAAAUACUGAGAUCGGUGAAGGAUGGUGGGAAGGUAGAAAUUCUAAAGGAGAAACUGGGCUAUUUCCAGCUGCAUAUGUAAGAAAAAUGACCCAGGAUGAGUCUGCUCCUUCAAAGAUGGCACCUGCAGCACCUAGAUAUGACCAAGCAGCUGAUGAUUGGGGAGAUCAACAGUAUAGUGCAGGUGAUAGUAACUACCAAAGAGGAGCAUCACAUGAAGAUGGUUGGGAUGACGAUUGGGAUGAUGAUACUUACUCAGAAAUAGGGCCUGGCCCUCAACAAAAUAAAGCACCAUUAAAUCCACAACCACUAGCACCAUUGCCUGGUAUGCCUAUUAGUGAUUAUAAUCAGCAUAUUGAAGACACUGCAUCCACAUUCUCAUCCGUGGGUACAGUCAGAAAAAGUAAAUUUGCUCCAUCUUCAAAAGUAAGUGGUGAAAGUUACCUGCUGGGUACUUUAAAUGUUGAAGUGUCAGAUUCUGAAAAAGUGUAUAUUGUUCAAGAUGAAGAUGGUUACUGUUGGGCUCCAAUUUCCCAACCUUAUCAUGUUACUGUAGCAUCUCCUAAAAAAGAAUCUAAGUUCAAAGGUAUUAAAAGCUUUAUUGCAUAUCAGUUAACACCGUCUUUCAAUAAUAUUCAAGUCUCUCGGAGAUAUAAACAUUUUGAUUGGCUCCAUGAAAGGCUACAAGAAAAGUUCACAUUGAUACCAAUACCACCACUACCAGAUAAACAAAUAUCCGGAAGAUAUGAUGAACAAUUAAUUGAACGCAGGAGAGUUCAGCUCCAGGAAUUUGUUGAUUGGAUGUGUAAACACCCUGUUCUAUCAAAAUCUGAAGUAUGGCAACAUUUUCUUACAUGCACUGAUGAAAAACGGUGGAAAGCAGGGAAACGACAAGCUGAAAGGGAUAACCUACUUGGAUUAAAUUAUUGUGUUUCACUAGUUGUACCUGAAAAAGCUUUAUUGCAUUCACAAGUUGAGGUUGUAACUGAACAAUGCUAUACCUUUAUAGGCAGUAUGGAUUCUUCUGUCAAAUUACUCACAAAUAUGUGUCUUGCACAAACAAAGAGAUUCCAAGGACCAUACAAAACUGAUUGUCAAAAGACGGGAGAGGCAUUUUAUAAUCUAGGAAAUGCUUUGAGUUUAGACGAAGGAACCAUAGUCUCUACAUCAAAACUUACCUCUGCCAUUAAAAUGACUGGAGGUGCUUAUAUUGAAAUAGGUAAAAUGUAUGAGGAUCAACCUAAAUAUGAUUUUGAACCUUUAGGCGAUAAAUUUCACUUAUAUAAAGGUAUUGUGGGAUCAUUCCCUGAUUGUCUAGGAAACCACAAAGCUGCAGUACAAAAGAAACGUGAAUGUGAAAGGUUGACAAAUGAGCAGAAAAUGGAAAUAGCCCAAUUAAACGAGAUUAAGAGAAGAACUGAUGUCAUUUCAUAUGCCUUGCUUGCUGAAAUUAAUCACUUCAAAAGUGAGAGAACAGUUGAUAUAAAGGCCACCAUGCAGAAAUUCUUAAAACAGCAGAUUACAUUUUAUAAAAAAAUUGUAGAUAAACUAGAAGGUGCGCUGUACCAAUAUGAUGAUUAACAUGCUGUUAGGAAAUACACUGUGCUAUAUUGAUUUUAUGUAUUGUGAGUACAUUUACAAAUAAGAAUGGACACCUCUAUAUCUUUUUUAUUAAUUUUAAAACUGAAGGAUUGGAAAGGAUGUGAUGAAAAUGGACUGAAUUUUCAAUAUUUUUUACAUAAAAGAUGUGUAUAUAUGUAACUUUCUAUCAAGUUUAUUUUUUACUUCUUUUGUUACAUCUAUUUGUAAUACUUUUCAACUAUUUUGAGAAAUUUGUUUAUAGCUUUACUGUAUUCCAUUAUAAUAAAUUUAAUAAAUAUUGUAUGUUUAAA